AUGUCCAGGGAUCCGCUGCUACAGCCAUAUCAGCUGAAGAAUCUGACGCUGAAAAACAGGAUCAUGAUCACGUCGCAUGAGCCGGCAUAUCCUGAAGACGGCAUGCCGAAAGACCGCUACCGGGCCUAUCAUGAAGUGCGCGCAAAGGCGGGUGUUGCGCUGACCAUGACGGCAGGCUCCGCCGCGGUUUCGAGAAACUCACCACCUGUGUUCAACAACAUCCUUGCCUACAAGGACGAGGUCGUGCCGUGGGUGAGACGCCUGACGGAUGCCUGCCACGAUCACGGUUGUGCCGUGAUGAUCCAGCUCACCCAUCUUGGGCGCCGAACCCAUUGGAACAAGGGUGACUGGCUCCCCGCGGUCGCGCCAAGCCACGAGCGCGAGACAGCGCAUCGCGCCUUUCCCAAACAGGUCGAGGACUGGGACAUUGUUCGGAUAAUCCAGGAUUAUGCCGAUGCCGCAGAGCGGAUGAAGGAAGGCGGUAUGGAUGGCAUCGAACUGCAGGCCUACGGGCAUUUGAUGGACCAGUUCUGGUCGCCGGUGACAAACUCCCUUGAGGGGCCCUACGGUGGAUCACUGGAAAACCGGAUGCGGUUCUCGUUCGAAGUUAUAGACGCGAUACGCAAGCGCGUCGGGGACGAUUUCAUCCUUGGCAUUCGAUAUACGGCAGACGAAGACCUGCAAGGCGGCAUCACGCCGGAAGAGGGGCUUCAGAUUUCACAUCGGUUGAAGGAAACCGGUCAGAUAGAUUUCCUCAACGUGAUACGCGGCCAUAUUGAUACCGAUCCGGGUUUGACAGACGUGAUUCCCGUUCAGGGUAUGCGCAAUGCGCCCCAUCUGGAUUUUGCAGGCAGGGUGCGCAGGGAAGUGGGGUUGCCGACUUUCCACGCUGCCAAGAUCCCGGAUGUGGCAACUGCGCGCCAUGCGAUUACAGAAGGUCUCCUGGACAUGGUGGGUAUGACCCGGGCCCAUAUGGCCGAUCCGAUGAUUGUGCGGAAGAUAAAAGAAAAACGGGAAGGGGACAUACGACCCUGCGUUGGCGCAACCUAUUGCCUAGACAGGAUUUACCAGGCCGGGGACGCGCUGUGUAUCCACAAUCCUGCGACCGGCCGGGAACUGACAAUGCCGCACGAGAUUGCGCCUGCGGACGUGAGCAGGAAAGUCGUCGUGGUUGGCGCCGGGCCGGCCGGCAUGGAGGCGGCCCGCGUUGCUGCAGAGCGCGGUCAUGAGGUGACCGUCUUUGAAGCAGCACCUGACGCUGGAGGUCAGAUCCGUCUGACCGCCCGGUCCGAGCGGCGCCGGGAGAUGAUAUCCAUCAUCGAGUGGCGCAUGGAGCAGUGUCUUGCACGUGGUGUGAAGUUCAAUUUCAACACGUUUGCCGAAGCGGAAGAUGUCUUGGCGGAGUGUCCUGACGUCGCGAUCAUUGCAACAGGGGGCAUGCCGCAUACCGACGUGCUGUCGGAGGGCAAUGAUCUUGUCGCGUCUUCCUGGGAUAUCAUAGCCGGCGACGUGAAAUCGGGCAGGCGUGUCCUUGUCUAUGACGAUGCGGGCGACCAUGCGGCAUUGCAGGCCGCCGAGUUGAUCGCGGCGUCAGGAGCGCAUGUUGAGAUCAUGACGCCGGACAGGUCUUUCGCCCCCGAUGUCAUGGCGAUGAAUCUGGUUCCGUACAUGCGCGCCCUUCAGGACAAGGACGUCCGUUUCACGGUGACCUAUCGACUGAAGGCCGCCAAACGGUCCGGAAACAUGAUCACAGCUGUCAUCGGGACAGACUAUUCAGCUUUCACCGAAGAGCGCGAAUUCGAUCAGAUCGUGAUCAACCAUGGCACCAUUCCCCUGGAUGAACUCUAUUUCGAUCUGAAGCCUCGCUCGAAAAAUCUUGGGUUUGUAAAGCAGGAAGCUCUUGUUUUCGGUCAACCGCAGCCGUUGGACGCCAACCCGAAAGGUGAAUUUGCGCUGUACCGGAUCGGCGACGCUGUUUCGGCGCGCAACACACACGCCGCCAUUUACGACGCGCUGCGGCUUGUGAAGGACAUCUGA